UUUUCUUUGACUCCUCUACAUCUUGCCUGUUGGUACGGACAGAAAACUGUUGUCGAUCUGUUGUUGAAACAUGGUGCAAACGUCAACGCUGAAGACAAGGUGACUUAGGGAUUUCGUUUAACUUAAAACAAUUAUUUAUUGCCAUGAGGAAGGUAUGGCAAAGGAAAGUUUUUGUUUGCCUAGUAUUAUUUACUAAGAAUCUAAUUUGGUAAUUAGCAAGUGGUAGGUAACACGUACUUGUUCUGCUUCAAUUUUUUUUUGUAGUUUCAACGUACACCUCUGCAAAAAGCUGAACGACAAGAACACCACUCUAUAGUGCAGUUGCUGUUGAAAAAUGAUGCCAAGCCAAGUCUUCAUCAACCAGUAAGAUAUCAGACUGUGUCUUACUUAGGUCCUUCUUACCGAUCGAACUUUCUAUCAGACGAAGGUCCCUCUACGGAUUAUGUUACAGUAGGACCUAUACGUAAUCGGAUGACAUUUUUCCUCGCUGCUUUUUCAGAUACCUUACAUUUCUUCUUGUCUGCACUAACAUUAAGUUUAUAAAGUCGGUUGCGUCCGUCUGGACAUCAUUGUACUGUUGAACCUCCAUUAAGGGGCCACCCGCGGGGUACUCGGAAGUGGCCUCUAAAUGAAGGUUGGCCUCUCAACAGAGGUUCGUGACACGUUAGCAUACUCUUUAGCAGAAACAUCACUUUAUUUACACGCGAUUGAAGCGGCAUUACUGGCCCACAAUCACUUAUCACAUGAUAUCUCGGACUGUAUCAUCCUUCAUCAAUUUUUUUUUUUAAAUUGUGAAGCCAAACUAUCAAGUAUCAAGCGCUAGCAGAAGCCCUGGCGCUAGAGGUGACAACGAUAGGACAACUCUCGUCGAGGUGGCAAAAUGGUGGCCGCGGUCACUUUUCUACAAUUAUUUCAAGACUUUGAUUACUGGCCGUUAGGUUCAACUGUACAAUUCAGUUCUGAGUAAUUAUUGACGCUUACCGAAUUUAUUUGGAUGAUAAAUGUCUAUUGUUAUGGUGCUGCUACUUAUACAAAAAAAGCGCUUUAAUAAUGCUUUUUUCUGACAGUAUCCUGUGCUAUUGAAGUCGUUGGUACAGGAACCCCAAGCGUUUUCCAAAUUUGGUCAACGCUGGCUGAUUAGCUGGGGGAUUUGAACCAAUCGGAAAUGGAGAUUUAUUCUGAAUGAAUAGUAAUUAACAGUUAUGAGGCUGAGUGUCAUCAGAAGGAUUAUGGAGAUCGAGGAGGGUGUUAUCCGCCGAGGCCGAUUAGUGUAACCCCGUUGAUCUAUUAUGUGGAUCUAUAAUUCGAUGUAACAAUACUGUAAAUAAUUAUCUCCUUACAGGUCAGUCUGAAAAAAAUCUCAAGAACAGCUUUCUUGCAAGUGGAUGAAAAAUCUGGAUUUAAUAUGCUCCAGGCGGCUGUCUUAGAGGGAAAAUACGACAUUGUUUUAAAAGCUAAUGGCCUUCUUGAGAACUUUUUAGAACAGAUGGAAUAUACAAAAACUGGAAUUAACGCCAAAGGAUUUCCAGAUAAAAGUGCAAUUGACAUCCUAUCAUUUGUGAAGGGAACAAAAUCAGAUCAUUAUAGUAUCGAAAGACUUUAUAAAACAUUGGCUGAGAACAACAGCAGACUAACUGAGUCGCAGUGGGGUACAUGCAAUGAUGAUGCGGAACAAGCAGUUGAACUUGUAUUGAAUGACGGUGUAGAUAUUAAUGCCUCAGGAUCAGACAAUGAUUGGACAGCUUUGCUGAGGGCGAGUCGUUCAUCCUCAAGUCAGUUCAUUGAGACCCUCAUUGAUCUUGGGGCCGACGUUAAUGCCCAAAGGAGAGUAAGCAAAGAAACACCACUAAUGUUAGCAGCUGAUUGGAACAACUACAUGGCAGCUUGCUUAAUUGUAAGGCAUGGAGCUGAUGUUAAUGUCAAAUUUAGUAAUGGAUUUACGCCACUGCACGCUUCUGUCAAUGCAGGUAAUGAACACAUCGCCGGAUUGUUACUUAAACAGAACACAAAUGUAAAUAUUCAAGAUAAAGAUGGAUAUACACCCUUGUACUGGUGUGCCUUUGAGGGGAGCGAAAAUCUCCGUAGAUUGCUACUUGAACAUAACGCGGAUGUAAAUGUUCAAGAUAGAUGGGGAUAUACACCCUUGCACGAUUGUGCCCUAGAGGAUAACGAAAACCUCUGUAGAUUGUUACUUGACCACAAUGCGGAUGUAAACAUUCAAGAUAAAGAUGGAUACACACCCUUGCACCGGUGUGCCUUAAAAGGAAACGAAAACAUCUGUAGAUUGUUACUUGAACACAACGCGACUGUAAAUAUUCAAGAUAAUGAAGGAUAUACACCCUUGCACUGGUUUGCCUUUGAGGGGAACGAAAACCUCAGUAGACUGUUACUUGAACAGAACGCAGAAGUAAAUAUUCAACAUAAUGAUGGAUCUACAAUCUUGCUCUGGUGUGCCAGAGAGGGUAACGAAAACCUCUGUAGAUUGUUCCUUGAACACAACGCGGAUGUAAAUAUUCAAGAUAAUAAUGGAGUUACACCCUUGCACUGUAGUGCUAGACAGGGUAACGAAAACCUCUGUAGAUUGUUACUUGACCACAACGCGGAUGUAAAUAUUCAAGAUAAAGAUGGAUACACACCCUUGCACCGGUGUGCCUUAAAAGGAAACGAAAACAUCUGUAGAUUGUUACUUGAACACAACGCGAAUGUCAAUAUUCAAGAUAAUGAAGGAUAUACACCCUUGCACUGGUUUGCCUUUGAGGGGAACGAAAACCUCAGUAGACUGUUACUUGAACAGAACGCAGAAGUAAAUAUUCAACAUAAUGAUGGAUCUACAAUCUUGCUCUGGUGUGCCAGAGAGGGUAACGAAAACCUCUGUAGAUUGUUCCUUGAACACAACGCGGAUGUAAAUAUUCAAGAUACUAAUGGAGUUACACCCUUGCACUGUAGUGCUAGACAGGGUAACGAAAACCUCUGUAGAUUGUUACUUAAACACAACGCAGAAGUAAAUAUUAAAGAUAAAGGUGGAUACACACCCUUGCACCGGUGUGCCUUAAAAGGUCACGAAAACAUCUGUAAAUUGUUACUUGAACACAACGCGGAUAAAAAUAUUCAAGAUAAUGAUGGAUAUACACCCUUGCACUGGUUUGCCUUAGAGGGGAAGGAAAACCUCAGUAGACUGUUACUUGAACACAACGCGGAUGUAAACAUUCAAGAUAAUAAUGGAUAUACACUCUUGCACUGGUGUGCCUUGAAGGGGGACGAAAAUCUCAGUAGACUGUUACUUGAACACAACGCCGAUGUAAAUAUUCAAGAUAAUGAUAGAUAUACACCCUUGCACUUGAGUUCUAGAGAUGGUAACGAAAACCUCUGUAGAUUGUUACUUGAACACAACGCGGAUGUAAAUAUUCAAGAUAAUGAUAGAUAUACACCCUUGCACUGGAGUGCUAGAGAGGGUAACGAAAACCUCUGUAGAUUGUUACUUGAACACAACGCGGAUGUAAAUAUUCAAGAAAAUGAAGGAUAUACACCCUUGCACUGGUUUGCGGCAGAGGAUGACGAAAACCUCUGUAGACUGUUACUUGAACACAACGCGGAUGUAAAUAUUCAAGAUAAAGAUGGAUAUACUCCCUUGCACUGGAGUGCUAGAGAGGGUAACGAAAACCUCUGUGGAUUGUUACUUGAACACAACGCGAAUGUCAAUAUUCAAAGUAAAGAUGGAUAUACACCCUUGCACUGGUUUGCCUUAGAGGGUAACGAAAACCUCAGUAGACUGUUACUUGAGCACAACGCGGAUGUAAAUAUUCAAGAUAAUGACGGAGUUACACCCUUGCACUGGAGUGCUAGAAAGAGAAACGAAAACCUCUGUAGAUUGUUAGUUGAACACAACGCGGAAGUAAAUAUUCAAGACAAUAACGGAGUUACACCCUUGCACUGGAGUGCUAGAAAGAGGAACGAAAACCUCUGUAGAUUGUUAGUUGAACACAACGCAGAAGUAAAUAUUCAAGACAAUGACGGAGUUACCCCCUUGCACUGGAGUGUUAUAAAGGGGAACGAAAACCUCUGUAGAUUGUUACUUGAACACAACGCGGAUGUAAAUACCCAAGAUAAAGAUGGAUAUACACCCUUGCACUGGUGUGCCAGAGUGGGUAACGAAAACCUCAGUAGACUGUUACUUGAACACAACGCAGAUGUAAAUAUUCAAGGUAAUGAUGGAUAUACACCCUUGCACUGGAGUGCUAGAGAGGGUAACGAAAACCUCUGUAUAUUGUUAAUUGAACACAACGCGGAUGUAAAUACUCAAGAUAAAGGUGAAGGAUAUACACCCUUGCACUUGUGUGCCUUUGAGGGUAACGUAAACCUCAGUAGACUGUUACUCGAACACAACGCAGAUGUAAAUAUUCAAGGUAAUGAUGGAUAUACACCCUUGCACUGGAGU